AUGAGUAUUAAGUACGAACGCCGCACCAUCUUCUCCUCCCUUGCCGCCCUAGUCUUCGUCGGUGGAGCUCUCACACGCCUCACACCACGCCUUUUCGAAACCGCGUACCGCGAACAACACCAGAAGACUGCGGAGUCGAUGAAGCCUGUCUAUAGCCGUCUAGGGGUGUCUGCUAAAAUAUUCACGGAAAUACUGGCUUACAUAAAUCUGGGUGUUGCCGGGCUUCUGGUCUGGCCUCGGACUAGGAAGUGGACGGCGGUCACAGCGAUGUUGUAUCUUGGAGAGGGCGCGUAUGCAAGAUUGAGGAGUGGAAGGAGUGUGGCGCCGCCAUUGGUUGUUAUUGGUGUGCUGGGAGGUGUGGUGUACUGA